GCACCCUCCUGCCUUGCCCUGAGCUCCCCGUGGUGUUUGGGGGGGGUGUGGUGGUCUGGGAGCCCUGGGUUGUUCCUCUUUGAGCCUUUCUCUUCCCAAAGGGCAGCUCCUCCACCUCGUUUCUGCCCUAAAACUGCGGCGAGCCUGUGCAAUUCAAACCUCUUGCCCUGCUCUGCCUGCAAACCGCUUCCUGCCUUUUGUUUGGCAGCUGGGUAAAAGUUGAGGUCCGGUUUUCCACCCUGGGUGUGCCCGGCUCAGUCUGGUUUUGGGAGAAACCCCAGGGGUGAUUUUUUUUUUUUUUUUUUUUUUUUUUUUUGGCGCUGGAGAGGGCUGCGUGCCCUGGCACAGGCUGGUGAUAAUCGCUGUGCUCCGGGCAGGAUGGUUCCCGGUGGGACGAGGGACGCGGGGAGCGCUCAGCUGGCACGGAGGGGGAAAGGCAGCACAACGUCCCCAUCCUGGGACACGGUGCCACCGGGAUGGGCCUUUGCCACCGUGGGCUGUGUGCCAGUGCCUGUGUACCUUGUGGGAGUCACCGGCCACCCAAACGCCCUACGUGGCCGCCUGGGGCUGUGACAAGGCAUUGCCCGGGGAGGACCCGUCUGGAAGGGUGGAUUUGGGUAGGGGGGAGGCAGAGGAAGGUGUCCGGCGCUCGCUGGGGAAUGCUGAAGAGGCAGAGCUCCCUCCGGUACCCCCACUGAGCAGGGCCUUACUAUCACCAGCACCUCGCCCGAUGAGCUUGCUCCCCCAUUUUGGGAGGAGAGGGGUUAAGCCAAAGCAUCCGAGCUAAGCUCUAGCAGGAGGAGGCUAAAACCUCGGAGGCCUGCGCUCUCCUGGAGAACAAAGCUCACAAAGUGGUGGAUCCCCGACCACCGGCCGCUCUCCCCCCAGGGAUCCCGAGGCGCUGCGGAGCUGGAGAGCCCCCGGGGACCCCGCGGCCCGGCAGCCCCCCCACCCCUCGGCACACGGCUGCGCGUCCCUGAGACACCAUGAUCCCCAGCGCAGGCCCCCGGGGCUGCUGCCUGCUCGCGCUGCUCUGCCUUCUCCCCUGCCCCUGGGCCUGGGCGGGCAGGGACGCCGCAGGGCCGGCGCUUUCCGCCGCCUCCUUCCUGCAGGAUCUCCUCCAGCGCUAUGGCGAGAGCGAAACCCUGAGCCUGAAGCAGCUCAAGGCCCUGCUGAAUCGCCUGGACGUGGGAGUGGGACACGCCAACGUCUCCCAGGCGCCGCAGCAGCAGAUGAACCUCUCCCGGUGCUUCAGCUCCGUCGAGCUUUUCGCCAUCCAUAACCUGAGCGAGGGCUCCGCUGUGGGGCACAGCGAGUUCAAGGAGUUUUGCCCCACCAUCCUGCAGCAGCUGGAGUCGGGGGCGUGCGCCUCUGAAAACCUGGAAAAUGAGGAAAACGAGCAGACGGAGGAGAGCAGACCCAGCUCAGCCGAAGUCUGGGGUUACGGUUUCCUCUGCGUGACCGUCAUCUCCCUCUGCUCGCUGGUGGGAGCCAGCGUGGUGCCCUUCAUGAAGAAGACCUUUUACAAGCGGCUGCUCCUCUACUUCAUAGCUCUGGCGAUUGGAACUCUCUACUCCAACGCCCUCUUCCAGCUCAUUCCCGAGGCGUUUGGAUUCAACCCUCAAGAAGAUUAUUACGUUUCCAAAUCCGCUGUGGUGUUUGGGGGCUUCUACCUCUUCUUCUUCACGGAGAAGGUCCUAAAGAUGCUCCUGAAGCAGAAGGACCAGCAUCACCACGGGCACAGCCACUACGGCCCCGAGGCUCUGCCGUCCAAGAAGGACCAGGAGGAAGGGAUCACGGAGAAGCUGCAGAACGGGGACCUGGACCAUAUGAUCCCGCACAUAACCAGCGAGCUGGAGUGCAAGACCCCCUCUGGGGAUGAGAAGGCUGUGGUGGGCUCGCUCUCUGUCCAGGACCUGCAGGCCUCCCAGAGCGCAUGUUACUGGCUGAAGGAGGUGCGGUACUCCGACAUCGGCACGCUGGCGUGGAUGAUCACCCUCAGCGACGGCCUCCACAACUUCAUCGACGGCUUGGCCAUCGGGGCCUCCUUCACCGUCUCCGUCUUCCAAGGGAUCAGCACCUCCGUGGCCAUCCUCUGCGAGGAGUUCCCACACGAGCUGGGGGACUUUGUCAUCCUGCUGAACGCCGGGAUGACCAUCCGCCAAGCGCUCUUCUUCAACUUCAUCUCUGCCUGCUGCUGCUAUGUGGGCUUGGCCUUCGGCGUCGUGGCCGGCAGCCACUUCUCUGCCAACUGGAUCUUUGCUCUGGCCGGAGGGAUGUUUCUGUACAUAGCGCUGGCUGACAUGUUCCCUGAAAUGAAUGAGGUCAGCCGGGAGGACGAGCAGAACGGCAGCACGCUGAUCACCUUCGCCAUCCAGAACGCGGGGCUGCUGACGGGGUUCACCAUCAUGGUGCUGCUCACCAUGUACUCUGGCCAGAUUCAGAUAGGGUACCAGCUGGAUGAUGUUCCUCUUAGGCUCCUAACAGUUGUCACCGAGUCCCUAGGUCUCUGCCUGGUGAGAUGUGGCACUGCCAGUAUCCUCGUGGAUCAGCACCUCUGCUCUCAGUGGCUUUGGCUAGGCCAGGCUUUGACUUUGUCCCCUUGGCACCCAGGAGGCUGUUGGCUUUGUCCCACACCCAGGUUAAAUAUCAGCAGGUCGAGGAGCAGGGAGCCUUCUUGGGAGCACCCUUCAACCCAGAGGUACCACACGGUCCUCGGGCCGCUUGCUGCCGUUGGUGAUGCCUUCAAGGAGAGACAGGCUCUGCUUUGUCCCGUGUAGUGUCUCUCGUUCGUGUGGACGGUCAUCGUGAGUCACUCUUCCCUCUGCGGCUGGUCCGUGGGAGAGAGCCACCUUGAAGUAGCGUGGUCUGUCCUGGCUCGGGUACCCAGCCGCCUCUGCAGCACCUCGCGGUCAUUACCCAUGCUUUAGGUUGCUGCUAAUUUCUCAGUAGCUGGGGGGAAAAUGGUAUUGGAAACUCCCUUUCCCUGCUUGAGAGAGCUGCAGCCCCAUCUGACUGACCCGAUGUGGAAAAACUGAGUCCUCUGAAUGGUAGAGGUGCCCUCUCUUCUCUCUCAAGGAAGUAUUUGGAAAACACCGUAUCGCUGGCGGCUUUCCACAGGGCAGAGGGCAGCCACGGCCCUGCCAGGGCUAAGUCCUGGCUGGCAGGAGCGGUUCAGUGGUGCGCACAGAUGGAAAAGCCUCCGUGUUGGAGGUGAAGGGGGGGGUCGGGGAGAUCUUGUUGUCUGUCCCCUGGGGACCGCGAGGCACUUGCAGGCUGUGCCUGGGAGGUCCUCUGUGUCCCCCGGAGCUGGAAACGUGGCAAGGACUGACACCUGGCUUCCUCGGAGCCGGUACGAGCCCCUCGGGACACGGUGGGGAUCAUGAGUCCGUCGUCUUCUUGUUUCAAGUUUAACUCUGUUUCUUGCCAACGGAGAAAUCUGCCACCCAGAGAUUUGAGGGGUGAGACCUGGUGGAGAAACAAGGCACUUUGCAGAGAGAUACCCUCCUUCUGCUGAAGGACCGGUGGGAGAGAGCUCCUGUCCCUGGCUCGGGCAGGCUGGUACCCGCUGUCGGGGAAGGGAUGGGGCAGGCAGGAGGAUGAGGAGAGAACGCGACCCAAAUCGAGCUUGUUAUGGAUUUUUCAUCCUUGUUUCCCUUCCUGUGUCCAGUUCGAAGCUCAAGUUCCAUCUCAGUAUUUCAAUAACUCAGGUGUUGUCAGAGAUGCGCGUUGAAACAAAGAACAUAACUUAUGUCACGUGACUUGUAAAGUUAUUUGUAAAAAUUCCAUAAAUAAAAUAUAUUCCGUAAUGAG